AUGGCCUUCCCCCUUGUUGGAAUCUACUACGGGCUGCUCAUCAUUGCCUCUAUUUUGUUUUUCCGUGCAGUUGAAGAAGGUUACACAUUAGACGACGUCCGGCCAGUUUUGGAGACAAUUUCUGUCCGGGCCAGGGGGUUCAAAGAGAUGGUGUCUCCCUAUAUCGACGAUUGUGCCGAAACUUUCAAGGAUCAUAUUAAGCAUUUGGGCCAUCCUACAGAGGAGGCGCCAAUUGUACAAGCGGAACCAUGUGCAACAUUGAAGUUCUUCGAGAACAUUGUGCAACAACCCGCCAUUGCAUGGGCAUUAAGACAUGUUGAAGAUGUUUAUGCGGUUGUUGUCCGGUUUGCCCAUGAGAACCCUUGGAUUAAGGAGAGUAUCUCAAGGGCAGAGACAUUUACCCUGGGUGUUGCAGAAUCAGUUUAUGGAUUUCUAUCAACAUGGGGCAACUGGAUUGUCGAUCAAGAGCCAAUCAAGUCCUGGGCCAGUGAAUACGCUCUAUUGCAUGGUAAGUAUGUCACUCCAUAUGUCGAACAGACCAGCCAUGCUGUUUCCACGAAAAUCAUGGCGAUGUAUGAGUUUUUACAAGAAUAUUAUGAGGAAGCUAUUGGUAGUGAAUCUACUAGGGCGUUUCUAGUGAUUGUAAUUGGAUUUGUGGUGUCAAAGUAUAUGAUCACUGUGUUCCUACGUGCCUUUGUCAACGAUGCGUUUCAAAUGAAUCGGAGCAUGUCAGACAUGUACAAACAACACCGGCUCGAGGAGUUGCGGGAAACUACACAUAACGAGGUUUAUUUGGAAAUCAAGGAAAGCGCCCUUAGUGGAUACCACAUGACUGUUGACGAAUUAGAGGAGGUGGAGGAGCCAGAAGUGUCAAGAGCGUCUACCGAGUCUGGGAACAGUACACCAACGGUUGCCGUUUCUGGAGAAACAAGUCCAACUACACCUACGGGGAGCAAUCGUACGCCAGCAACUCCAGGGAGCAAUCGCAGAACCCCACUCGAGCUCCAACAAGAAGAAACAAAGGAAGAAGAGCAACAAGAAGAAGAGCAACAAGAAGAAGUAAUACAAGAAAUAAUACGGCAAGAGGCUGGGCAAGGUGUUACACAAACACCCUCUAUACCGAGUCAAUUGAAAUCGAAAACUUCAUCUCCUUCUCCUUCACCAUCUUCUCCUUCACCAUCUUCUCCUUCAUCUCCUUCUCCGUCACCAGCGCCGUCCAUGAGGUCGACCAUCCCCGAUACAUUUGUACCGCCCUCUCUCCACCUGAACUCCCCCACCGCCACAACAUCCACUACAGAGACCACCGUUGCCGGUUCCAACCCAGACACGUCCCACUCCAACAGCAGUGUCCGCUCUCUCCUGGUUAACAAAUAA